AUGCAAGCUUGUGCUAAAAUAGCAUCAUUGUUUUCCGUCGUGUAUGUUACUGUACCGUCAAAGGAAGUCGGAAAAUCCAUUGCAAGGUAAUAACGUAUAUACUUAAGUGCAUCGAAAUUUGGGUCAAAAAGCUGCUUAAUUUUGAAUUUCAAUUAAAACGCUUAAACGUAAAACCACUUCUUAAUUUAGAGAAAUAAUUAACUCCAAACUGGCGGCCUGUGUCAAUAUAAUUCCACAAUUGACUUCAAUGUAAGUUUGUAUGUUAGGAUUACUGUUGAGUUUAGAUACGAGUGGGAUGGCGUUGUCCAAGAAGAUGAUGAAUCCAUGUUAAUAAUCAAAACAAAGACUGGGGCUAUCAAAGACCUCAAAGAGUUGGUACUGAAACAUCACCCAUAUGACGUGCCUGAGAUCAUAACUCUUCCAGUAUGUUUAAUAAUGAAAGACCUAGUGGUUUAUAUGAUGACAUGUAUAGUAGCAAUUGUUACAUUAACUUUUUGUUAAAAUACUGUGCUUGUAUUGUAUACGUAUUACUUUUAAAUGUUCAGUAAUGCAAUAAUUUAUUUCUGUACAAUUUAGAUCGAACAAGGCCACGAACCGUAUCUCGAGUGGAUCAACAAGCAAGUAGCCCAAAAUAAAUAG